GCAUCUCUUCUUUUUAGUAUUUUUCUUUGGUUGAAUGAACAGUGGACUGUUUUGUUUCAUCGAAUAUUUACUUUCUCUUUCUUGCAAUUUCCCAGCACUUUCUUUCUCUCAUUCUACUUUUGUCUGAGGGCUUGCUCCAUACAAACUUGAGGAGCUCUGAAGCCUUUGAUCACUCUCUGGGUUUUUGGUGGGAGUUGUUGAGGGUUGGUUAUUUUAAUGGGGAAAGGUUCGAAAAGCAACUGCAAGUCAGCAUCCCACAAACUCUUCAAGGACAGGGCAAAAAACCGAGUGGAUGACCUGCAGGGAAUGUUCUUGGAUCUGCAGUUUGCCAGGAAGGAGAGCCGCAGUAUUGAUGUUGCAGUCCUUGAGGAGCAAGUCCAUCAGAUGCUCCGUGAAUGGAAAGCUGAGCUCAAUGAACCCUCUCCAGCGUCUUCAUUGCAACAAGGUGGGAGUCUUGGUUCAUUUUCGUCAGACAUUUGUCGGCUGUUGCAGCUUUGUGAGGAGGAAGAUGAUGCAACUAGUGCACUAGCUGCACCAAAGCCUGAGCCUAACGAUCAAAGCCUGCAAGUAGAGGAUGCUGCUGCAUUCCAAGAGGGUUAUGGAGUGAAUCAGAGGCAUCAUGAGCGUGGCUUUCCAUUAGUUGAUCGUUGCAGAGACUCACCUUCAGGAGUACGUGCCAUGUCAAUUAACAACUUGGAAGGGGCUACUCAAUUGGAAUACCGUCAGUUUGAUUUGCUUCAGGAUUUUGAGCACUUCUACACUGGUACAAGUUUCUGUGUGGAGGAUGCCAUGCCUCAUACUUCUAGCUAUUUGCCAAGUAUAUGCCCACCACCAUCCGCGUUCUUAGGUCCAAAGUGUGCACUUUGGGAUUGUCCCAGGCCUGCUCAAGGGUUGGACUGGUGUCAGGACUACUGUAGUAGCUUUCAUGCUGCUUUAGCAAUGAAUGAAGGACCACCUGGAAUGGGCCCGGUUCUACGACCUGGUGGUAUAGGCCUGAAGGAUGGCCUGCUCUUUGCUGCUCUCAGUGCUAAGGCGCAAGGGAAAGAUGUGGGAAUACCAGAAUGUGAGGGAGCUGCAACUGCAAAGUCUCCAUGGAAUGCUCCUGAGCUCUUUGAUCUUUCAGUUCUUGAUGGUGAAACAAUUAGGGAGUGGCUCUUUUUUGAUAAACCUCGAAGAGCAUUUGAAAGUGGGAACAGAAAACAGAGGUCUUUGCCAGAUUACAGUGGGCGUGGCUGGCAUGAGUCAAGAAAGCAAAUCAUGAAUGAAUUUGGAGGACUGAAGAGAUCAUACUACAUGGAUCCACAGCCACUGAACCAUUUUGAGUGGCACCUUUAUGAAUAUGAGAUCAAUAAAUGUGACGUUUGUGCCUUGUAUAGGUUGGAAUUAAAGCUUGUUGAUGGUAAGAAAAGUGCGAAGGGGAAGUCGGCAAAUGAUACAGUUGCUGAUCUGCAGAAGCAGAUGGGAAGGCUCACUGCAGAAUUCCCAUCUGAUAACAAGCGCUAUGUCAAAGGAAGGGGUAAGAUUAAUGCAAAGGUUGGUGUUGGAAAUCUUUAUGCCACUCCAAAUGUGGUGGCACCAACAAGUGAGAAGUUCGAUUAUGGGCUUGGUGUGCAGUACGACUAUCUUGUUGACAAUUUAACUGGUUAUUAUCUGACAUAGUUGAAGAAAUUUGGAUAAAAGCUGUAGUAGCUGUAUCCAUUCGUCUAGUUAUACCACCCAGAAGCAUUUUAACUCAUAGAAGGGGUGGAGAUUAUGCAUUUUUACUAGUUCUUUAUCAGAAAACCAAGUCAGCUCUUAUUUUUGAUGGCCAUAAAUUUGUACAGUUCAUUUGCACACAGAAGUGCUGUAUUAGUCUAUAGACGAACCUCGGUGCUGGAGCCCAUUCUGACUUCUGGAAGCCAGUUACAAGCAAGAGAAAUGGCUGUUUCUCCCUCAGUCCAUUUUUUAUACCUAUUAAGACAUGGUCAACAAUAGAAGCUAAUCAUUUUCUAUGGUUCUGAAAUUAUAUGCUAAAUCUUUCUGCUACUCAUUAAACAUUUCUCAGUCUGUAACUGGGUAUAUAAUCAAAUGCAUUUCUGGAGUCUUUAUCACUUGA